UGACCUCGUCACGUGGUCUGGGUUCGCCCCUCCCUGCUUGACAAGAUGGCGGCGCCCACUUGUAGCGUGCCUGGCCUCUGGGUCUGCGGUACCCGCCAGCAUUGGGGGAAUCUCUUCCCUCUCGUCUCAAAGCCAUUUUGUUCUGCCGCCGCUGCUUCUAAGCCUCUGAAUGCCCAGCGAUUAGCGGAGAGGCUCCGAGCCCAGAAACAGGAACAAAAGAAGGAGCCGGUGCCCACAAACCCUGUUCAGCGGAGGGUGCUGGAGCUAGUGCGGUUCACACAGCAGCUGCAGCGAGUGCACCCCAACGUGCUUGCUAAGGCCCUGAACCGGGGGAUUCUCCACCAGGACAAGGACCUUGUGGUUAUCAACAAGCCCUACGGGCUCCCGGUGCAUGGCGGCCCUGGUGUCCAGCUCUGCAUCACGGAUGUACUGCCUAUCCUGGCAAAGAUGCUGCGUGGCCACAAGGCAGAGCCCCUGCAUCUGUGUCACCGGCUGGACAAGGAAACUACGGGUGUGAUGGUGUUGGCUUGGGAGAAGGAAGUGGCACAUCAAGUCCAGCAGUUGUUUAAAACCCGUCAGGUGGCCAAGAAGUACUGGGCCAUCACCGUACGUGUCCCCACGCCUUCAGCAGGAGUUGUUGACAUCCCCAUCAUUGAGAAGGAGGUGCAAGGCCAGCAGAAGCACCGCAAGAUGACGCUGUCCCCAAGCUACCGCAUGGACAAUGGGACGAUGGUGAAAGUGCGUAGCAGCCGGAAUGCACACAUUGCUGUGACGCAGUACCAGCUGCUAAGCAGCACUCUCUCCUCUGCCCUCUUGGAGCUCCACCCAGUUACCGGAGUAAAACAUCAGCUUCGAGUUCACCUGUCUUUUGGAUUAGAUUGUCCAAUCCUUGGUGAUCAUAAGUACUCAGAUUGGAAUAGGUUGGCCCCCCAGAAGCUGUCUGCUGGUACCCUGAAGAAGCUGGGGCUGGAGCAGUCGAAGACCCGCUACAUCCCUCUUCACCUGCAUGCCCGGCAGCUAGUCCUGCCUGCUAUGGGGUCCAGGAAGGAGGAACUCAACUUGGUCUGCAAGGUUCCUCGCUUCUUUGUGCGUUCCCUGAGCCGCCUGGGCUUAGAAAUGCCCAGUAAGGAUGAAACAGAAAAUGAUGAAGCAGGGCACCUGGGAGUGCAGUGAAGACUGUUAGGCAGGGUGGCCCCUGAACUCUUUGUUCUCCAUAAUGGGAAUGAAGAUGCCAUUGGUGACUCUGCUGACUUCUCACGAGGACCAGCCUCCAGAAAAUCCAGAUGUGAUAAGCUGACGAAACUUGCGUCAGGGCUUAGAAUGGAGAAUAAAGUCCCUUUACUGAUGGUUUGUCCGAGCUAUGAGAGAGUCUGAGAAGUCUCCCUGCCUCAGAAUCUCCAAAAAGGACAGAGAACUGAGCAGAUUGGGUCAAUAAUGGGAAAAGAAGGAGAACUGAAGGACAGAAUCCGUGGUCAGGAACUGUAGUCAUCCAAUAGUAGAGCUUUAUCAGGAAGAUUCUCAGUGUUGGAAAGAAAGCACGGGUAAACACGUCAGCGGGAUCCAGGAUUUCUGUCUAGCUCUGGUUUGGGCCCGUUUACUGCUCUCGUUGCCAUGAAGCCUGUGAUGGGGGUGACUGGAGAGGGAUCGAGCUGGGGAAUUUGGAUCAGGAAGGAAAGCAGAUGUAAGUGGGUGUAAACAGCAGUAAAAUAAAUGAGUGAAGUCAGCAGGUAUAAGACACUGGUGGGGACAAAAACUACAGAGAUCUUGUGCUGCCUGAAGAAGGCAAUUGUUAGCUCCAACUGGUGAUCGCCACAGGGAUCUUUCUAAUGUUUCCAGAGAAUCAGGAAACCUAGAUGGUUAUGUGAAAUCUCCCAGUAUAUUGCGAGCUAAAUCAAAUUAAAAAAAAAAACUUGGGCAGCAAGCAGACCAUAUUUGCAGGGCAUAUUUGACCUGUAGGACCCCAGUGAUGCAGACAUUUGGGGAAAGGUACCAGCUUGAAACUUCUGGAUCAGAGGUUGGUGUUUUAGCUACAUGUAGUUAUCUGCCCUUUCUAGACUGGGGAAUGACUUUUGAUGGUCAGUAAAUGUGCUAAUGUGUGGUUAUAAA